AUGGCGACUUUGGAAGAUGAAAUAAAAGACUUGAAAGAGAAAAAUAAUGAGUUGGCGCAAAAAGUGCAGUAUUGGAAAAUGACCGCAGCGGAAAGGGAGAAUGAGAAAUUAAAUCUAAUGAAGGAACUGAACGAGUUAAGAUUAAAAUUGAGCAGGCUCAGAAAUACAGGUGGAUAUAAAGCAAAAAAGCUGGAUACGUCCAUUCAGCAAGCAGGUGAAAAAGCCAUCUCUUACCUGGUGGAAGCAUCCUCUGAAAUUGCAAGAAGCAUAGAGAUAGCUAAAGCGUAUAUGAGAGACAGGCAGGAACUGGAAGCACAAUCUCCCAGAUGGAGUACAUUAGGAGGUACACCGACUGCGGAACGGACCGAUAAGGUUCAUAGGGUGCCCCCAAUGAUGAUGGGUGGGCAGUCCAUACAGCCCGUGGUAGCUCUUAGCAGGACUAUGUUAAAUACCAGUAGUACUAGCACAACAACAAGGAGUCCAAAUCAAAUUCAAAAUCGUAGCUUGACUGAAAGAGCCGUACCCAUGCAUAUGUUGCAAGAUGUCUACAUUCCACUGACUAGGAUAGACAUAUCAGAUAUACAUAACAAUAAUAUGGAGACGGAUACGGAAGUGGAGGCCAACAAUGCUGAUGACAGUGCUGAAGAAUUGGGACUGGACGAUGGCGAGGAGGCGAUGGACGAUUCAGCUCGUAUGUCGGAAGACGAUAAUGAAUUUUCAGGUCGCAAACUUCAUGCUCUAAGUGAAGAGGAGGAGAGUGAAACGGAGGAUGGGAAUACACCUAGGGUCACCGUGCGCAUAGAUAAUCCACUGGAGGGGCCCAGCUGGUUGUUAGAUUCGCCACAAGAAAGGUCGAGCAAUCAAAGUGGUCGCGCGACCUUAGAGCCGGAUUCGACGACGGAGCCAGAUAGAACACCCGCCACAUCCACAUCGCAGAAGAGCGAAGAUAAUGUACAGAAGGAGAAUAACAAAGGCGUGUCCGUGCGUGUGUCGUGUGAGUUCUCACCCACCGUGCGGAGGAGGAAGCGGACCUCCUCGCCUCCAACUCUCUCUACUCCACACCAUUACUCGCCCAGACCAGCGUCUUUGAGGAAGAACAGUACAAGCGGGCGGGUGCUGAAGGUGAUGGUGGCGAAGAUGCGGCUGGACUCUGACGGGGAAGGCUCCCCCCCGAAGAGAGCGCGGUCCCCGCCCGACCCGCUGCUGGCCUUCGACGCGCCCAGCCCCAACGGCGCCACUGACUCGGCAGUUAUCGUCUCUGUAACCCGAAGCCGUCUACUUGACAAAGAAAUAAAACCAGAGCCUGAUGCAACCCUUAGUCGACAAGACAGCCACGAAGCUCUGCGCUGCAGGAUCAACAGCCAAGACAGUCUCGACAGCCACGAGAGUCGAAUCAGUCAAGAUACUUAUGAACCACGGAACAGAACAAAAGAACCAGAGAACCAAAGGAGGACUAAUAACCAAAACGGCAAUGUUAGAGGGAGAUUGUUGAGUGAGGACAGCGUGCAGCGCAGUAGAGGUGGGAGCCAUGACAGUCGGGACAGCGACAGUGGAAGCGGGGGUGGGGGGGAUUCUAUUUGUGAAGGCAGAACCAGGAGGCCGAGGAAAAAUGUCACUUACAAGGAGAAGCCUUUGAAUAGGAAAUUAAGAAGAUGA